UCCAACGUCUUUUCAUAGUGUGCGGUAUCAAUCAGCGAUAAGAUAUAUUUCUUAUAUGCAUGUGUACAUACAAACCCACAGAGCAUACAUACACCUAAGCCAAUGAAAAGUAUAUGUUCCACUAAUUGGGUUAAAAAAUAUUGUGAUUAUCUCAGAUGUGUGUGAAGUUGGCUUUAAUGUAUUUAAUUUUAAGUUAUGCACUUACAAAUAUCAAUUCCAUCAAAAUAUGCUGCAAUCCUCAAUCAAUAUUAUACAAAAUCCGUGGAUCGAAUAACUUAACUACUUAUAAUUGCACUCAUACCAUCGAAAGUCUAAAUGAAACAGACAAUGCAAACAGAAUUGACUUGCUCGGGAUAACAGAAAGUCCACACGGCUAUGGCUUAGAUAAAAUUGAUGAAACAGUUGGCCAUACGGAGUUACUACAAUGUGCGCAUACUGGUUAUUCAAAUGUGUCCCUAUUGACUGAAAUAUCACUUAAGGUAUUACCAAAAUCAUGCCUUAUUAUUAUAGACAGCAAUAGUCUUGUUAGUCUAACAUGUAAAUCGAAAAAUGAUGAUAAGUUGCAAAGUAUUGGUAUUAUAAAUAAAUGCUGUGCGCAUGGAUACACCUUUGCCACAGAAGUAAACAAAUGCUAUUUACAAGAGCCCGACUACAAUAAAUACUCUUCCCUUUUUGAUAAACCAGUGAUUUUUGUCGAUAAUUCGUUCGUGUGUCCCAAGAACAAAGUUUUAAUUGAAUAUGUGUUAACGGCGGAAGCAAUUGCCAUAAGGAAUGAAAGUAUUUUACUCAAAGAACAUAAAAGAUCAUUUAAUAAAAGUGAAUUUUGCAUUGAAGCUAUUGAAAUGCUGAAUAAAAACGAAAGUUCUCAAAUCAAAACUACUCAACAAUUUAUAGUUCGUACUUGUCAACAAUUAAAAAUUUGUGAUUCGAUACCUUGUGUUCGUAAGUGUUGUGUCGAUGGCGAAAUCUAUUCUAAAGGAAAUUUGACUACUUCCUGCAGAAAAGAUGAAUAUGAUUUUCAGUUUCAUAGUCUUAAUAAUAUGAAUACCAGCGGCGCUUUUUCCAAACCGUCAGUAUUUGGAGUCUUAACUGGACUAGAGUGCCCAAAGUUUCGUUUGGAUCCAGAGUCUUUUUCGGAUGAGUUCCAUGUAAUAAGUUCAACUACAGGAUCGUUGCUCAUUACUAGCACAAAUAAAAUUUACUCCAACAGUCAAUAUUGCAUUGAGAAAAUAAAAAAUGCUUCAUCCGCAGACCAAAAGUUGUACACAUUCUUGUGCUUUGACGGCAAAGUAGUGAGCAAUGAUCGCAUACGAUUUAGAAUGUACCCAGUUGGCCUUUUAAUAUCCUGCUGCUUUUAUGUAAUAACCCUACUGGUGUACACAACAAUCGAAAAAUUGAGAAAUCUCCCUGGAAAAAUUCUAAUUUGCUUAGUGAGCAGCCUUCUCUUCGCCUACCUUGGAAUCGCUUUAGGUCAAUUGCUGCCUACUUCAAACAAUGACAUUUGCUUUAUGUCUGUAAUGAAAUUUUCUGGGCGUAACAAUGGCAUGUGUGCAUUUACCAAAUUUUCCAAUCCUAAACAGAAAAUUGAGAAUAUCUUUGCUUUUAUUUCCUGA